GGCGGCCGGGCUCCUCGGAGGGCCGGCGCCGCGGGCCGGGCGGCCAUGGGGCGGGGGGCGGCCGCGGCGCCGGGGGGCGGCUAGCGGCGACGAGCGGCGGCGGGGUGGAGGAGUCCGCGGGCUGGGCCCGGCGAGCGGGCGGCCCCGCAGGUGCCCGCGGCAGCGAACGGGAUCAGCGUUUUCCUGACCCGAGCCCCCAUUCAUUGAGGAUGGAGAUGGAGCCCGAGAAGGUCAGCGUGAGGAAGGGGCUGAACGCAGAUGCGCCCUACCGCUGUGCCGCCUGCCACGGAGACGAGGACAGGGGGCCGGGCCACGCUGUCCGUGGCAGGGCCAAGUCCCGCAGCCUGUCCGCCGCGCCUGCCCCCGCAAGCACAAAGGAGUUCAGGAGGACCCGCUCGCUGCACGGGCCGUGCCCAGUGACCACGUUCGGACCAAAGGCCUGUGUGCUGCAGAACCCCCAGACCAUCAUGCACAUCCAGGACCCUGCCAGCCAGCGGUUGACGUGGAACAAGUCCCCAAAGAGUGUCCUCGUCAUCAAGAAGAUCCGGGACGCCAGCCUGCUGCAGCCCUUCAAGGAGCUCUGCGUGUACCUGCUGGAGGAGAAGAGCAUGGUUGUGUAUGUGGAGAAGAAGGUUCUAGAAGACCCCGCCAUCGUGGCUGACGACGACUUUGGGCCAGUGAAGAAGAAGUUCUGCACCUUCCGAGAAGACUAUGAUGACAUUUCCAACCAGAUCGAUUUCAUCGUCUGCCUGGGGGGCGAUGGGACCCUGCUCUACGCCUCCUCGCUCUUCCAGGGCAGCGUGCCUCCGGUCAUGGCCUUCCACCUGGGCUCCCUGGGCUUUCUGACCCCCUUCACCUUCGAGAACUUUCAGGCCCAAGUUGCGCAGGUGAUCCAGGGGAACGCAGCUGUUGUUCUCCGGAGCCGGCUGAAGGUCAAGGUCGUGAAGGAGCUCAGAGGGAAGAAGAUCUCCACCGCCAACGGGGUCAGUGAUGGCGGCGUGCUGGCUGCGGACCGGGACCCGGAGGUCGGGAAGCAGGUCAUGCAGUACCAGGUCUUGAAUGAGGUGGUGAUCGACAGAGGCCCCUCCUCCUACCUGUCCAACGUGGACGUCUACCUGGACGGGCACCUCAUCACCACCGUGCAGGGCGACGGUGUGAUCGUCUCCACCCCGACGGGCAGCACGGCGUACGCGGCCGCGGCCGGCGCCUCCAUGAUCCACCCCAACGUGCCGGCCAUCAUGAUCACGCCCAUCUGCCCCCACUCGCUGUCCUUCCGGCCCAUCGUGGUGCCCGCAGGGGUCGAGCUCAAGAUCAUGCUGUCGCCAGAGGCAAGGAACACGGCCUGGGUGUCCCUGGACGGACGAAAGAGGCAGGAGAUCCGCCACGGAGACAGCAUCAGCAUCACUACCUCGUGCUACCCGCUCCCCUCCAUCUGCGUCCGGGACCCUGUGAGCGACUGGUUUGAGAGCCUGGCCCAGUGUCUGCACUGGAACGUGCGCAAGCGGCAGGCGCACUUCGCCGACGAGGAGGCGGAGGCGGAGGCGGAGGGCUAGUCGCGCGCCUGCUGCACAUGCGUUGUCCACGGUCACGCACCCAUGUGGGCAUCAGCUGUCACGCCACUUCUUCUGUAGCCAGAGAAGGACCCCGGAAUCUGCCUUUGUCGACCAGAUCAGCUGUUUUUAAUAUUUUAAAUCUGACCUUUUUUUGCAUUUCUGAAUAAGCCAAGAAAGCAACAGACGGAGCUCCGGAAGCCACGCCGCACGCCCGCGUGUCUGUCGGAGCUGCCGCCAGGGACCCCGAGCUGCCCGGGCACUUCUCAGCCCUUUUCAGGAAAUGUCUGUGCAUCCGUCUGUUGUGCCGAGAGGGGUCCAGCGUAACAGACAGUGGGUGGGUCCAUCCUUUGGUGUUGAAAUGAACGUCAGGCAGCCAACACCUCCCUCCAGCCACCCGCCUUCCCUCAGUCCCCACUUGGGGACGGCGGUGGAGAGCCCCCGGGAAGUGACUGCAGGCAGGCGGGCCCCUCCCUCCCACCUGGUCCCCAGGCCCUGACUUCCAGCCCCUGCUUUGGGGUGGCAGGUGCCGCAGAGCGUCAUACCCGUGGCCUGUGAGCCUGGUGGUGGCCGGAUGAGAGGUCAGCCCGCACACAGCCCCCCACAGGCUGGAAGGCAUGUUCAAUCCUGUGUGCGCCGUCCACGUUCUCUCCGAUGCUCUGAAGUACUGUCCAUGUUGUAUCCUGCACGCGUGGACAAUGAUUUCAGACGGAGCUGUGUUCUGUGUGUGUGUGUUCUGUGUGCCACGUGUGGGACCAUCUGUUCAGUGCGGCAUGGCCGCCACGGGGGUGUCGGUUAGGAAGCCAUGUCGCUUUGCAGCUGUCACAGCAGGUUGGGGUGAACCAGUUAGGGUGGAGGGGGUGGUGGCGUGUCAUGGCUCCUGGGGUGUGAGGACAGCCAGUCACUCCGGCCGUCGCUGGGGACCCAGAGCUGGUGUGGCGUCCAGGGUUGGCGCCCAGGCCCAGCUUGCACGUGGCCCUGGCUCCGGCCUGUUCCAGCCGCUGAUGGCUGAGUGGCGUGUCCUGCUGGGGGAUUGGCUGAGCACCCUCCCUGGGCCGCAAGCCUGGGCGGCGGCGGGCAGGCUGUGCCCGCGUGGAGGGACACGCACCCCGACCCCGUGCUCGAGGGAAGGCCCGGGGGCCACGUGCGUGGUCGCCCUCGGCUGGGUCUCUGAGGAGCUGCCCGAGGCCGGAGCGCUGGGUCUGCGUCCAUGUGUGCUGACGAAGUGCUCUUUCCCCUGCUCUCGUCCCUGUCAAGCGCCUCGGCGGGGCCUGGCCCUCGGCCCUGCGCGAGACACAGGGCUGAGCUCUCGCUGCCACCUGCAUGCCCCCGGCCAGCCGGCUGCCUGCGGGCCAAGGGGGCCAAACCGAAGCCCCGGCUUCAGGGGCAGAGGUGUGGCCUUUGAAAUCGGGUCACUUGUGGGGACAGAAAAGCAAGUGCUAGCCCAGGCCUGGAGCAGCACGGUGCUCGGGUGCGCGAGAGAGCUUCGGGUUUUUUCCAAGUAAAUUCUUAAUGUUUCAUACUGUUAAUAUUCUUAAAAUUUAUUGAAUGUUGUUGAAAGCCUUAUUACUAUUUUCAGAUCCUUUCAAUAAACAGA